ACGGUCACCCACUGUUGUUUGCGGCAGAAUUGAGUGGGAAAAGUCGCUAAAUGCUAUCAGAAUCAUAGACACCCUCUGUGUCAAAACCCCAAAGGCAGCCUGAAAAAUAACAUCUGAAUUUGUCGCUGGAAUCCUUUACCAAUAAAAGUCGCUGGAGGGGUCUGAAAACUCGCUUAAUAUAGCGACAAAGUUGCUAAAUUGGCAACGCUCACAAGACAAGUGGGCACUGUGGAAGUAAACCAAGAAGGCGCGAUAUAUGCAAAUGUUACAGAAUCGGAUAAGUGGACUAGUCUCAAACCAACAAACUGCACUCACUCGGUGUGCUUAGCGAGCUAAAUCAAGCGCAUCGCCUUUGGCGCUAUGGUUAGGUUCAGUGACCGUAGAUGAAGGUUGGUUUCCAUCUGAUCAUUUCCAGUGGUAGACUUCAGCACCGUGCACCCACGUCGGGUGAACUCCGCGUGCUUGCGGGGACAUAAAUCGACUGUACUGUAGGUGGGACAACGUGACGUAAUCGACACUUUCAUUGGCCUAUGCCGCCGUCAAUCAAAUAUGCCUUCGUACUUCCGGUAUAUAUUGCGGGAAAGUUAAUCUAGCGAGAAUCAAAUUUAGUUGGAGUACAUUACAAAAUAGGCUAUUUUUCAUUAAAUUUAGCUCAUAUAUUAGAACCAGAUGUCGAGAACAUUAGAAGAGGUGCAGGCGACCAUACAAAUCGCCAAACUAAAAGAGAAUGAUUUGCAGAACACAAUUCACUGUUUAACUUUUGGAGAAAGCGUCUCGUCCGGAGACUACUGCCUGAUGGAACUGGAUGACACGCUCUGUAAACACAUAGAAGCAGGAAAGAGCCUGGUUAUCAGAGGAGACCAGGAUGAGAGAGCUGUCCUGUGCAGUGAAGACAAGACUUAUGACCUGAAGAUAGCCGACACCUCAAACCUCCUGCUGUUAGUGCCUGGCUGCCUGACUCCAGAUCAGCUGACGACUGACAACCAGGCCAGCUCUCAGCUGGUCCAUGCACAGAUUUGGGGCUUUUCUAACAGUUACUGGGAGCUGAGAAAGCGCCAUCCCAAACUCAAGAAGCUGAAGAGACUUCUGAUGGAGAAUCCGUACGAGGGCCCAGGCGUCAGUGGGCAGGAGGAUGUCACGGAGGCGAAGUACACUAUGGGAGACCUGCUUGAAAGAAUCCAAGCAAGUGAGGAGGAACUGGAGGCCCAACUACAGACUAUUCAUGCCUGUGAGGUCAACGGCUACUGGAGGCUGUUGGAUUUUGACUAUGAGAUGAAGCUACUGGGCCACAUCACCCAGCUGGUGGACUCUGAGUCCUGGCCCUUCAGUAAAGUCCCUCUUCGUGUCAGUCUGGAGGAGUUGGGAUGUCUGGAGCCACAGGAGAUGAUAGAGCAUAGCUUGAACUGUUAUGGAAGGCGCUACACGGACAACGAUGAGGUGUUCUUUGCGCUGAACGAGGACAAGGUGUGCAGAGCCACAGCUCAGAUGCUGCUGCAGAACGCAGUGAAGUUCAACCUGACAGAGUUCCAGGAGGUGUGGCAGCAAAGUGUCCCAGACGGGAUGGGCACUAGACUGGACCAGCUGAAGAGUCUGGCCCUUGUGGACCGCAGCUCCAAACCGGAGACCAUAUCUCUGCUGAGAGUGGAAGAUCUUCCCGAGGACACACUGGAGAGAUUCGCCCACCUCUUCACCAUGAGACAGAAGUGGACCGAGGAGGACAUCACCCCUUACAUACAGGACUUGUGUGGAGAAAAGCAAACCACUGGAGCUCUUCUUACCAAAUACGCUCGUUUGUCCACGCAAAACGGAAUGAAAGUCUUCAAUUCAAGAAGGCUAGUGGCAACAUGAAGACGAUUGGAUAUCUUAAUUGACGAGCAAAGUUGUUUGGAAUCAGUGUAUUGUUGUAAUAAAAAUCUGUUUUUGUAAUUAUGA